AUGGAUAAGGAUGAAAAUCAAAUGGAAACAUUAUCAUCGUUGGAGGAACGGGCAAAAAUGCUAACAAUGAAUGGUGGAAGUCAAGAUAUGCCUUCAGUGAGUGACAUAGAAAAACGACUGGCAAAACUUUAUGAUAUGCCUUUGGAGAAUAUCAGAUAUCCGAGGUCUGCUAUUAUAAAUGGAAAUAAAGUUGAAGAAGAAACGGUUGAUAAACUGAUGAAACGAGCAAGAGAUGAAGCUAUGUUAGAGACAAAAUGGGAUGCUUCUAGGAAAUCAGAAGACAAACAUGAUAUUGAUCCUGCUGAAUUCAUUAAGAUGUGCAAAAAUAAUGCCUCUGUUCCAGAUGAGUUGAAUGGAGAGCUAUUCAUAUCAGAUACAAAUAUAAUGGGUCAAGACACGAUUCGAAAUUUGAAAGAGAUACAACGAACGAUGAAAUUGGCCAAACAACAAAGUGUAGAGGCAUCUAAAUUGACAGGCAUAAGUAAUGAUAAUCAUGCGAUGGACAAUGAAAUUAAGGAACUAAUGAAAUUAACUAACCAAAGUAAUCAAAAAUCGGAAAAAAUAAGUGAUGAACUGAGCAAAUUCUGGGACAGAAGACUGAACCACGACGUUCUGAGUUCUUCUGAGUCCAGUUUCAAAAGUGAAAAUUCAGACGAUAAAAGCGAAAUCGAUUGUGAAGAACUGCAAAGAAUUGUACUGGAAGCUGAGAAAGCAGAGAAUGAAGCUAUGCAAAUGGUGAAGGAAUCGAAAAAAAAUAGCAAGAAGAGCGGUAUACUUUCUAGAAUUUUCCAUUCUCGGUAA